AUGAUGAAGCCAAGAGUAAGUGAGGUGGAUUUCAAUUGCAGUGACAUUACGGAAUGGUUUGGUAGAGUUGAUAGCGGUGACAUUGCGGAAUUCAAUUUCGAUAGAAUUGCUUGGAUAAAAAUUUCGGGCCUCCCACCGAAAUUAUGGUCUGAGGAAAAAUUCACGUCAAUUGCGGAGUCCUUUGGUCAGGUGGUUAUUCCAUUUGUGGUGGAUCAAUCAGCUGUGAAUCCCUCCUUUGGUAAAGUUGGCAUUAUAACAUCUGCAUUAUCGAGUAUCUCUAGAGAACCUUUGGUGGGAAGCUAA